AUGCGCGCGGGACACCCGCAAAAGUUCCGCGGAGACCAUCGAUCGCCUGGCGCUGAGACAAUUUCCGAGUAAACACAUUUUCCUAAUGGAUUUUGUAGUCGCUUUUUUUUUCUUUGAUGAGAUUUUUGGCCCCGGGAUAAGAUUCUGAUGAAGGAAUGACGAAUUUUGUGGGAUUAAAAUAGCUUGGAAGCCUUUUUUUGGUCUGGAAAAGAGAAAAAAUGCUUUGAUGUGAAAAUUUUAAUCAUGAAAUUGAUUGGAGUGAGAAAAAAAUGGAGUUUUGAAAAUUUUUGAAGGCGUAAAAAAAGGGAAAUUGAACUUUUUUUGGAAACUGUUUUUUUCCCUGAAAAAAAUCAAAAAAAUCUGAAUUUCGACGUCUAAUUUUAUAAUUAAAUUUCUGUAGAAUAGAAAAAAAUGAAUAAAUUCAGUAGAAAAAAACAGUAAAAAAAGCUUCGACUUUUUAAUUUCAGGGCAUUUUUUUGUUAGAAGAAGCACAUUUCGGUUUGAAAAAAAUUUCUAUUAGAAAAAAAUUCGUCAAAAUGUUGGAGUAAGAUUUUUGAGCCGCAGGACAUUUUUUUGGUCAAAAAAAUUGUUAAUUUUUGUUGAAUUUUAAUGUUAAUUCAUUGUUCUUAAAAAGUUUAUGUCUGUUUAAAAUAACUAAAAAAAGCUUUUUUUCGUAAAAUUUUUGAAAAAAAUACCCUCAAUUUUUCUGAAUUAUUUUUGAGAAAUUGGGCUCGAAAAAAAUACGUUUUUUUCAUUUCCAAAUCUUAUGAAUUUUUUUCAGGGCAAAAGUACAGUACCUCGUCAAGUGGAAAGGCUGGGGCAACAAGUGAGUUUAUUCGAACUUUUUAUCUCUCUAUUGUAUUUGUUUGAUUUUUCCUGGCCCUUUUUUUCACCUCCUUCACUGUAUAUUUUGACUGUUUUCCAUUUUUUGUUUGUUUUGGACAAGGGAAAAUAUUUUUCGGGUGGCUUUUGUUUCGAUGGAACUGUGGGAAAAAAGGUGUUUUUAGCUUGAAAUUUUUUUCUGUGAAAAAAACGUUUUGAAAUCGAAAUUUCAACCUUAAAAAUCGCUUUUAAGUUUGAAAAAUGGGUAGGAAUAAAUAUUUUUUUGCCGUUUUAGCCUGAUUUUUUUGAACUUUUUUUGAAAAAUUAUUUUGCAUUUUUUUCAGAAAAAAAUGGAAAACUAUGUAGAGAAAAUUACUUGAGGCGCUGAAAAACUGCCUUAUUUUGGAAUUUUUUCGAGAAAAAAUUUCGAAAUCUCGGAAAAAUGUAUGUAUACAACGCUAGAAACACACUAAAGGCGCGAAAAAAGCCUCAUUUCUGAAUUUUCGACGAUUUUUCUAACUCGAAAAGCCCAUUUAAGGAUACCUGGUCGUCUACCUGUUCAUUAAUUAACCUAAUUUAUCUGGUCUAGAACCAUAUUUCCUACUGUGACCAGUCAUGCCAGACUGCCCAUUUUCCAAUCUUCCUUCUGCAACCGCCAAAAAGUCUUUCGAUGAAAUCGCUUAUCUUUUGCCGAUAAGGUCUUACGGUAACGAUCAGGAGGCCCUUGUUCGGAAAACAGACGGCGGCGGGGGGACAGACAGCCGGUCGCUGAUAAAAAUGAUAAUGAAUGUCGGGCCGCCACGACGCCUAUCAGUUACGUCACGCGCCGGCGAAUUGCGCCAUCAAUCGUGUUGGGGGCGAGAGGAAAAGGCGAAAAGAUUCCAAAACCAUUGAUUUUUGGUCCGAAUUUCUAGAGGGACAUAUCUGCAGAAAUUUUUUUUGAGAAGUUUCUGUGAAGGACUCCUAUAGGGUUUGUUUUAGGGACCCCUAUAGGGGAAGCGUGGGGGUUCCUUCAGGGCCACUUUAAAACAUCCUAUAAGGAUCCCUCUAUUUUCUGAUUUUUGCAGAAGUUUGUUGAGAUCUUGAUGCGAAACUUUGAAAAUAUUAUUAAACUAGAAAAAAAAAAUGAUUCGGAAAAAAAUUCCAAAUUGUUCCCAAACACUUGGAGACGCUACAGAAAUCCAUUUUUGAACAAUUUCUUGUUGAAAAUUCGGUUCUUUUCUGAGGGGCCCCUAUAGCGGUUUGUUGUUUUAGGGAUCCCUAUAGGGGGAGUAUAUAAAACCCCCUAUAGGGACCCCUUAUAAGUUUCACAGUUUGGGGCUAAAGAAGAGAUCUUCCAAAGCCGAACCUAUUGAUUUUCCGCCCGAAUGGGCUUCACAGAAGAAUUUAGUUAAGGAAGUUUGAUAAGGAAAUUUGAAAAAAUUAGGUAUUUAUUGAUAAAAAUAAGCAUGAAUUCGUAAAAAAGGAAGUUCCAACGAGACCAAGACACUUGGAGAAGGGGGAAAAGCAGAUUUCUGUUGAGAAAUUUCAAACGUUUUUUUUUUGACGUUUGAAAAGUCAAACCCAUUGAUUUUUGUCCCGAAAUAAAAUCGUGGUACCGUAAAAGUAGACAUUUUAACAAGAUUUUUCCGAAAAGUUCGAUGAGAAAACUUGAAAAAAGUAUGUAUCUUGGACAUUGAGUCAAAUAAUUACAGGUAAGGAGAACUUCGCGAAAUUACGACUAGUUAACAAGUUUUGUAGAAGGUUUUCCUUUUUAGUACAGGAUUUUGAAUCGAAAAUUUCUUGGAAUAACUUUAAAUCGAAAUUUUUUGCCUUUUUUUUCUUUGUAAUUAUAUUCUAAUGGAGUAACUUGUUUAAAAACUCGAGGAAAGCCGAAAAAAAGUUUUUUUUUUCGAACCGCCAAUAAUGAAUUUGUGGAAUUUCGGACGAACAAAAUGGGUUACUGUACCACUGGAUUAUCAUUCCUUGACCAUUAUCAGUAAUGAUAAAAGUGUCGUUAAACUGCUGGCAAGCUUUCAUUGGAAAAAAAAGAAUUUGUGUAAAAACUAGGCUUGAUUGAUUAUCCGAAUCCUACUGUAGUGCACUAUUAAACAUGAUUCUCGAAACGAAACGAGCUAGGGACAAGAUAAAUGGCCGUCGAGGCGACGAUGUUGCAGCCGACUGUUCUUUUGCCUCCCAGACUCUGCGUCUCUGGCCCCCCGUCUCUUAGCCCCGCCCAUUUUCCCACGCUGACCGCUGUCUGCUCGUCUGUCCCUCCCUCUCUCACUCUCCGUCUCUCUGUCUCUUUCUCUGUUUGUUCUCGCCAGCCGUUUGAAAAUAAUGGCCGCUCCAUUUGAAUAAAGUCCGUGGAGAAAAAAAGGGAGGGAACCUUUUUUGGGCCUAAAAACGAUAUAAAUUUACAGAAGCUUUUAAAAAAAUUUUUAUUUUAUGUAUAUAAAAAUUUACGAUUUUUUUAUGUAUAUAGAAAUUUAGGAUUUUUUUCCUUUUUGUGUGAUAUUGGAGGCUUUACAAUCUUGAAAGUUUUGAAAAAAAGACGAAAUUUUGAGGUUGAAAUUUGGAAAAAAAUGUAUGCUUUUUCUCUAUAUGAAAAAUCGACAAAAAAACGCUUGGAAAAAAAAAUUUUUUUGAGCUUUUUUUCAAACGAAGGAGUUUGAGAAGAGAAUUAGGGAAAAAAAUUGGGAUUUCGGCCCAAUUUAAGGUAUAAAAAAAUAAAAAUAUACUUUUUUUAAAAAAAUGUAAUCGGAAAAAGUGGGACAUUUUUUUGCAAUAGAAACAAGUCCGAAAAAAACUUGGGAUAAAAAAAUUCCUGUGUAUUUUUUUGAAGAAUCUGGAUUUUUUUCUUAAGGGUUUACGGCGUAAAAGAAACCACAGAAAGUGGGAAUUUUUGAUCCAAAAAUUUAGAUUUUUUUUUCUCAAAAAUUCUCAUACUGAUCGAUCUCUGUGCCCUCCAUUAUUUGCUCCUUCCCGACAGCCAGUCGGAUUGGAAUUAAUGGGCGGCCAUUUAGAAUGUUGUUUAAACAAAUUAUGUGCAGCUAGGAUUGCGAUUUUGCAGACACAACACAUGGGAACCGAGGGAGAAUAUCUUCGACGAGCGACUCGUCGAAGACUUCGAGAAGGAGCAGGAGGAGCUCCAGCGCCAGAAACAGCAGCAAAAGGGUCGGAAGCGGUCCUCCACGGGCGCUAAUUGCAAAACGGUAAUCUUUAGGGAGAAUAUAGGGAGAUUUUCGGGAGUCUGUGCGACUUAUAGGUGCCAAAGGUGUCAAAAAAAGUUUUUUUUUCCUUUUUCGGGAUUUAGUUUCAGUAGAGAUAAAUUUAAAGGUGCAUAAAGGUAUCAAAAAGAAGAUUUUUCUGUAGAUUUUAAUAUUUGAUUACUAACCCGAUGUAAUGGGCUAAAACUACGCCCUCAUAUAGGGCUGACAAUUGCGAAACGGUAGCUUUUAGGGCAUUGAAGGGAGAUUUUUGAGAUUUAUUUCCAGUAGAGGGAAACGGAAUCAAAAAGAAGACUUUCUCCAGAUUUCAAUAAUUGAUUACUAGCCCAAUGUAAUUGGCUGUAACUACGCCCUGAUAGAGGGCUGAAAAACUGCAAAACGGGAGCUUUUAGGGCAUUGAAGGGAGAUUUUCGGGACUUUCAGUCGUUCAAGCUUUCUAUAGGGGCGGUUUUUGUAAGAGUUUUCAAAAAAAAAUUCCAAGUUUGAAGCCCGAAACAUGAUCAAACUACAUACAGAUGAACACUAGUUUUGAGAAUUUGGACAUAAAAAACUUCUGCUUUACGGCUAUCGAUUGCAAGACGGUGAUUUUGAGGGAGAAUAAUAGGAGAUUUUCGGGAGUCCGAGUCAUUUAAGCUUUACUCCAGGGACGCUGUCAAAAAGAGUCGAAAAAUUGCCGCUUGAUGAUCUAACUACAUACAGAUGGGAAUAAUGAAAACUAAUCUCGAGAAAUUUGAUGUUUGACCUCAAAAAAGCGUCCUUUCACGGCUAUCGAUAGAAAAAAAACGGUGAUUUUUAAGGCCAAAUAAAGGUGAUUUAUGGGAUCCAGAGUCUGUAGAAUUCAACUUAGAAGUGUAUAAUAGUUUUCAAAGGGAAAGUACUUUUCAAAUUCCCUUAAAUAUUAUGAAACUGCGAAGAAAUCUUUGAGCUAUCUCUGCAAAUUAUGUGUAUUUUCAUCCCCUUAUACCUCAUUGACUGGACAGGGAUCCAAAAGAACAGCCUUGUUUUCCGGUCCUCGGAAUGAUUGCCCACUCAAUGGACUCUAAAUACGAAUUAGCGAGAUUACAGACUCCGCCGAAACGAUCACGGCCGCGCAGACUCGCUGGAGGCCCCGUCAGGGACGAGAGUAGCGAGAGCAGCGAUCAUGGUAACGCUUUUUCAAUCUUCAAUUAUUCUCUGUUCACUUUGGAAGCUGUAUCAAAACUGGUAGUAAAAAGAUCUCUUAUCUACACAAACACGGGCAAAAGUCUAAAAGAACCUAAAAAGAACCUUUGGAGUUUACAUUCGAUCUUUUGGCGAAAAAAAGGUGAAAAAAUGAGUUCCCGUGAAACUUUUGACACUUCAUAAAGAAGCUUUCGGCUCUUCUUUUCAAGGACGUUUGGGUUUUUUCCCGUGAAAUUCAGUUUAAGGCCUUUAAUUCAAAAAAAAAAUCGUAUGAAACUGGAGGGAAAGCGAAUUCUCAAACAGAUAUGAUCGUUUUCUGACGAAAACUGUCUAGUAAAUUGGCUCAGUUUUCAUCACAUUUUGAGCCAUAAAUUCGAAUACUCAGCCGAACACAAAAAAGGACUGUAUGACUUGGCGACCACAAAAAGAGACCAGUCAAUUGCACUUUUUACUGAUUGAGAAGAGUUUUGUGGCCAAAAGAAGAUGUUUUCCAAGAGUAAUAGGCUUUUCUUGCUUUUAAAAAAAGCUUUGGAGGACCUCAAGAGGAGCACUUUUUCUGAUCUGGGAAAAUUUUUAGUGGUCAGUAGUGCUUGCCAAGGACUACUUGGAAAGGACACUAAAGUGGCCACUAAACCCACCCCUAUAGAGGCCGCUAUUUUCCGUUUUAGUGGCCACUUCAGUAGUUUUUCACCCAGUAUUCCUUCCAGUAACUCUGAUAAUUUUUAAACAAAGAGAUUGGACCAGUUAUGUUGAUCCAUUGACCCCUAAAGUGGCCACUCAAAUUUUUAGUGGUCUAGUAGUAGCACUUAAAGCUCUAUAGUGGCCACUAAAACGUCGAUUUUCAUGCAUUCAUGGACUUUGUUUGAAUCUAACUGUUAUGCCUAUAAAUAGGUUCAGUUUACAUCACAUUAUGAGCCAUAAAAGUCGAAUAAUCCACUCAGUCGAACACAAAAAAAGGACCGUAUAACUCGGCGGCGUCGUCUUUUUGCGGCUGAGGGCCACCAAAAGGCGUAUGUCAAUUGCACGUCUGUCGUCGGGGCCCAAAAGAAGAGUGGGAGAGGUUUUUCGAGUGUGCGCGCAAUUGCACAAAUUGCCAGGCACUCUUUGCAUCGUUCCGAUUAAUCUUACUGGAGGUUGAGAGUGGUGAAUACACCGAAGGAGAUUUUUGCACGAUAAUUUUGUUUAUAAUGGCUUUUUUUGGAUGGAAAAAAGGUGGACUUGAUUAGAAUCACGCUUGGGACUUUAUCAGCUAAGUAAUCAUUUGAGAACCUAGGAAAUCUGAAAAACUGGUCGGAUUUUAUGAAAUUCACCUUGUUCCCAAGGGAGACAGGUGUUACCAAAAUGGUACCAAAAUAUGGCCAGAAGUUGAGGAAAAUUAAUAAAUAUUUUUUUUCAAAAUGACGCAGGACAAGGCUGCCCAACCGAGAGUAGGCAGGGUUACGGUAGCUGUGGGAGAGAAAGGGGACGAUUUUCGUCCGCACCCCGUCGUUGCUGAGGACCCCAUUGUGUGUGGCGGACGUGCGAAAAUGCUGUCAUUAGCCCCGUGGAGCAUACAUAAUCGCGACAAAAUAGCCUCUCCGCCAGUCCUCGUUACGAAGACAUUUGUGUCCGACGAGCUUAACGAUAAUCCGACGUGAUUUGCUGAUUUUAAUUAGAAAUCUGGAGGGGGACAUUUAUUGGCACCUUGGGAACGGGAAAUUGGGCCUUCAAAGUUGGGACUUUUUGAUUUUUGAUAAAUCUAAUCAGUGGCUGUUCAAAGGAUGGUUGAAAUUAAAGUUUUUAUUAAAAAGUAUUUUUAAUCAAAAAGUAGAUUUUAUGAUGAAAAUAUGGGGUUUAAUGCAGAAAUUACAAGAUUUUUUUAGUGUUACUAGAUAAAAUUUGAAAAAGAAAUAAAUGGUCCAUUUUUUGGUCCAAAAGGUCCAUUUUUUCAAAAAAGACACAAGAUUGGGUGACUAAAGGGUGGUUCUUUGAAAAAUUUUAAUCUUUCCAAAAAAUCUUCUCAAAAACCCCCGUAACGAUUUCGAAACUGUCUCUCAUCAAAAUCGUAAUGUUGGCAAAAAAAAAACGAAACCGUAAUAGAUAUUUGUUUUCCCACCGUCCAAAUUGUUCGUGUGAAAAUUCUUGUCUUCAAUCAUUUUUUUUUUUUUUGAUCGUAUCGAAAACGAAAGAUACGUUCCCCAGAGAGCCGCAUUGCAAAUGUAAAAAUAGAUUUAGUACUUUCCGAAAUUCUGCAGAUACAAUUUGGGUCGCUUUCAUACAGAAGAUCUAGCUAUAAAAAGCUUUCAAAAAAGGCCAAAGUUGAUGAAGACGAAGAAGAAGAAGAAGAAGUGGCCUCUUCAGAGGUUCUCUAUUUAGUGGCCACUUCAGUAGUUUUUCAUUCUUUUCAGUAACUCUGAUAAUUUUUAAACAAACAAAUUGGACCAGUUAUGUUGAUCCAUUGACCCCUAAAGUGGUCACUAAAAAUUUUAGUGGUGUAGUAGUAGCACUUAGACCUCUGUAGUGACCACUAAUUUCUAACCCCUUAACUGGCCACUAAUUUUACUACUAUAGUGACCACUAAAACGUCAAAACCCUAUUGGGGCUACUAAAAAUUUUUAGAGUAGGUAAUUAAAGGAGCAUAGGAACUGUUGAAAUGGGUCUUGAAGAGGAGAGCCUUUUUUAGUGUUAUUAUAGGGCUUCCUUCCCCUUAAUGAAGCCCUAAUUAAGAAAUUAAAAGAGCAUCGACAUGCUUUCCAAGGGUCUCAAAGCGAAGAGCCGUUUUUGGUUUAAUUUAAGGGCUACCUGCGCCUUUAAACACUGUAAAAGUUAAAAAUGGUUUGACUUGAAAAAAAGUCCAAAUUCGGUAAUUAAAGGAACAUAGACAUGGUUUAUAAAAGGUCUUGAAGAGAAGAGCCGUCUUUGAUGUUAUUUUAGGACAUACAAAGACACCGAAAAGGGUUUUUUAACGGAUUAAUCCAAAAAUUUUCCAUUUCAUGCAGUUUUUCAGCUUUCCUUCUAAAGCUCAUCAUUUUCAGAAGACGAAGGCCCCUCGACGUCAUCAAAGAAAAAGAACACGUCGAUGAUGAGUGAAUCGACGGAAGGCACCGAAGUUCCCACAGUCUCUGAAGACGGCAAUGAGUCCAAGGAGCAGGAAGAAGGAGAAGGCGAAGAAAAGGAAGAAGAGAAGAAUGAGGAAGAAGAAGAGAAGACGGAGCAGCAGCGACAUGAAGACGAACAGCAGACGGACGUCUCCAGAAGCGAGGAGUUGAGCUCCGGCGGUGAGGAAAACGGACGGGAGCAGCAACUGGAGCUCGGAGAUGGGCUGGAGGACGAGGAUGAGCCGGAGAGCGUCUCUUCGGGACCCACCAUGGUGAGGGUUUACAGAAGGAAUGCGCGCUCUAGUUUCUUCUAGUGACCACUUAAGUAGCGUCAGCACUCUUAAGUGAUCCCUAGAAUUACUCAGGAAGCUCCUAGUUAGUGGUGCUUGUUAGAAGGUCUUCAAGCGAAGACUAAGUUCACUCAAGGGAUCACUAAAUGAAUCAGAGACUUCCGAGAAACAUGUAGAACACCAGAUGCUUGGAGGAGGUCUCGCAAAUUUGCAAUAUUUUGGUUAAGUGAUCACUAAAGGAGUCACUAAAGUUCAUUUUCUAGAAGAAGUAGCUUUGAGAAACGGACAGAUUUAAAAAAAUUUUAGGAACUUUUUGAAGUAAUAAAUUUAGGUAAAGUGAUCAAUUGAGGAGUUUUUGAACCUUGUAAGAUCAUCUAUUUUACGAAAGAAAACUCAGAAACUUGAAAAUGAUUUUUUUUUUUUUGAAGGCUCCAUUGAAUAAGCUGAGAAAGUCACCCGAGAAAUUCAAGAAAGCAAAAAAAAAAGAGAAGCGAGAUUCUCCUAGAGGCGCGUUUUCAUUUUUGAGAAAACACUUAAGUGUUCACUUCAUCUUGGCUAUAAAGAAACUCAAAAGUUGGAGCUUUUUCUAAUAACCCCAAGAGCCUAUGAAAAUUAUGAGAGCUGUUCUCAAAUUUCGUGAGAUUUCACUCAAGGGGCCACUCCUGGACAUUGGACACAGACGGAAGAAAAUUAGGAUCUCCAGAGUGUUCCCUAGAGGGACAACCUUAACGACUAUUGAAGCUAUUUUUCCCAUAACCCCUAUAAAGACCACUCUGGGGUUUUAAAAAUCGAAAAAAGUCCCAAAAAGGAGAGGAAAAAUAUUAUCAAACCAGUGCGCGAACCCUGAAUUCAAGCGAAAAAUCCCUCAAGGGGCCACUCCUGGCCAUUGAACACGUGCGACGACGGGGUUGCGAAGAAAAAAACAAAUGUUUAGGACUCGAAACGGGGCGCAAUCGUAAAAUUCAGCCGCCCUUUCAAACCCUGUAUAUGUUGUUGCCUCAUUCGUCGCUCAUUUCCUAUUCUACGGCCCCCUUUUUGAAGAAACAUUCAAAUUUUAGGACUGUCGAAAAAUAAAACGAAAGGCUUUCCGAUUUGAGUCGAAUUUCUGAAGAUGCAACUAUAGGUUUUUAAAGUUUUCGUCGAAAAUUUACUAUUAAACUUUUCAGUUAAUGAAGAGGAAGCUGAAUUUUUGGGCUAGGUGCAAAAAAAAACCAUUUUUCUAUACCUAUCCGUUUUUUUCGAUUUGAACCAAAGUCCUGGAAAUUUAACAAACAAAAAUACUGGCUAGUUUUUUUCCAUUACAACUUCCAUAUUUUAGGAUUCAGCUUCAGGAAAAAAAUUCGAAUUUCGUGAAUAAAUUGAAAAAGGACAAAAGACUUUUUGUAGGAGAUUUCAAAUUUUGGGACUGGCUACCAAAGAAAAAAAGACAAAAAAGGCUUCAAAUUGAACCAAUUUUUAAAGAUUGUUUCAAAAAAAUUAUGGGCUGAAGUGUUUUUUUAAAUUUAAGGUUCAACUAGGAGAAAAUUCAAAUUGAAAUUCAAAUUGAACGACUAGAAAAAGAAAAUAAGAACAAGGUAGUGAUACCGAAAAAAAAGUUUGAAAAGUAGACUUGACUAGGGCAAAAAUUUUUGAAGAAAAAUUAGAAUUUUAAGACUAGAUUAAAAAGAUAUGAUGACAAAAAAAGACAAAAAGGCUUCAAAUUGACAAAUUCUCAGAAUAUUAUUUUUUAAAAAAAGUGGUUCAAGGUUUUUUUAAAUUUUUUUCUCAAAACAGCCAACAGAUCUCGGAGGAAUAUUCAAACUUUACAAAAACAGAAGAUAAAAUGUUUCGAAAUGAAUAAGAGUUCGAAAGUGGAUUUGCAUAUGACAAACGGUUCGAGGAAAUUUUAAAUUUAGGACUAGAUUUAAAAAAAUGAUGACAAAAAAAGACAAGUGGUAGUUGAAUCAAUAUCUUGAUGAUUAUUUCAGAAAAUGACUGGUUGAAGAGUUUUUUUAAAUUUUUUUCUUAAGACAGGCCUCAGAUUUUUAAAGAAAGCUUCAAGUUGUAGGAUUAAAUACAAGAAAAAAAGAAGACGAAAUUUUUUUUUGGAGUUCAAUUUUUAGGAAUAAUUACGAGGAAAAAAGAAGAUAAAGUGUUUCGAAAUGAUCCAAAAUUCGAAAGUAGACUUGCAUAGGAAAAAGACGGAGAUUUCAAAUUUUAGGACUGGAUAAAGAAAAAUAAGACUUCGGACCAAAGUCCGAAAGCGAACCUGCGUAGGACACAAACUUUCGAGCGUUUCCAACUUUCGAAAAGAACGGCCAGUCAAACGGCACCACAAUAGACGGACAAUGUGGGAAAAAAAAAGAAAGAAGCGGCUCGCUUUUCGUGUCUGCCACGUACUCUUCCUCCAUGGCUUUCGCCGCAGUUUUCUUGUCUCGCUAUUCAAAUUUCGGGUCGUUUUGACACUUGGAAUCGUUUCAAUUUUGAUCGGAUUUUUGUGUUUUUUGAAGGGCUUGGCCUCAGACAGGUGGAUAAGAGAGUUUAGAUAAGUUUUCUGACAUUUUUCAAAGUUUUUUGGUCUCGCUAUUCAUAUUUCGUGUCGUUUUGACACUUGGAAUUGUCAACCAAUUUGAUCGGAUUUUUAAGAUUUUUGAAGGGCGUGGCCUUAACCAGUAGGGGGAGAUAGUUCUGAUCUGUUUUUCUGACAUUUUUCAAAGUUUUUUGGUCUCGCUAUUCAAAUUUUGUCAUUUUGGCACUUGGCUCGCCUUCAAUAACGCAAACCGGACGCGCCACAGACGUUUCUGAGCAUUUCUAGUAGUCACUUAAGGUUUCUGAAACCGCUUCAGUGAUCACUAGGAAAGCUCAGAAACCCGGGGCGCGUCCGUUACUAAGGUCCAUCGUGAUUUUGUUGAUAAGUACCAUAUUUAGCUCGUUUUUGGAUUUUUCGAAAAAGGCGUGGUCCUAAAAAGAAAUCUCACGUCAAGGUUUUAAUUAAUUUUCCUAACCUCUUUCAAUUUGAGUAAGAAAAAAAGUUAGUCCUGGAAAAAUUUCUGUAAAUCUUGCACAUUUUGACCUUUUUAAAAAAAAUCCAUCAUUUACUGAGAUUUUUCAAGGAGCAUCGAAACUAAUUUAGGAGAGUUUUGAAACGAAGAGCUAUUUUUUGCUGGUUCUUGAAGGGUGACUCAUUUUUAAUUUCAUUUACGAGUGCGCGAGGUUUAUCGAGCUGAGUGAUCACUUAAGGUUUUUAACGGAGCGUUUUUCACUCUAUCGCAUGAGGAGUUUAUUCAAUACGUACUGUGAAAAAGACGGUUUCAUCAGAAUCUUUUUAGAUCCCUCUAGUGACCACUUGAUUCAUUUUUUGUUAUUUUUAUUGAUUUUUGAAUGAAGACCGCUUAAAAAAAAUAUAUAUCGACCAAAAUUUAGCCUAUUUUUCGGUUUACUCAAUUUAAUUUGAAACGAAAAUCUCUGAACCUCUUCUUUCCGCUCACUAUUUCGCUGAAUUUGUCAAAUUUAUCUCAAACUGGUCUGAAUGAACUUUACUCAUUACAUCGGAAAGCUCCUUUUUUAUGAACUUAAUUAAAAAUUUUUUUGCAUUGCCAAUAAUGUUAAUGAGCUCCUUCUCAUUAGCCCCAGGUAAAUCCGCAUCUGACCUACACACCUUAAUGAACCUCCUCACGUGAGAAUGAGGUUGUCGUUAGAGCGACUUUACUCUUAUUAUAAUGCACCUGAAAGCUUUCCUCAUCCCUUUCAAUAUGAAAACCCCUUUAAUUAGGAAUUUCAUGAAAAUUUUUCGAUAUAUCAAAUUUUUGGCCUAAAAGUUUCCUGGCCUUGGAGAAAGGUCACUGGAAAAAUCAAAAAAAAGCCAUUUUUACUGUAAAAUUCGACCAUUUUGGAAUUGGACUACGCAUUUUUUUUUUCAGUUUUCCAGGAUCUCGUUUGUUUAAAAAAGAACAUUCCCGAAAAAAAUUCACAAUUUAAUUUUUCCUGGGAAAAAAGUCGAAAUCGAAAAAGGGCCCCUUUUUUACGAUUUUUGAUGAUUUUCUUCAACUUUGAGGAAUUUUUCGUUUUUAAGAUUUUUAUGAUCAUUAUCUGUUGAAUGAAGAAGUGCUCCUGAAAAUCUCAAACUGCAAAAUUAGAUAUUUUCUGGGAAAGAAAGGCUCGAAUUCAGAAAAUGGCUUUUUUUCUACGAUUUUUGAUGGUUUUUUUGGACCUUGAGCCUUUGUUUUUGAAAAACCAGGAAGUCGGACAAUUUCUAGACUUUUAGGCUCUUUUUGGUUUUUUAAAAGGGCUCCUGAAACGUGCAAAAUUUGAUAUUACCUGAGAAAUAAUGACCCUAAGUUGGUAAAUGGCUUCUUUUUAUAGUUAUUGUCGGACUUUGAGUCUUUUUUUCUAGAAAAUUGGGAUCCCUAGCAGAUUGAGACUCUCAUAGUGUUAAUCUGGUACAUCAAAAGUCCUGAGACCAGUUUUUAGGGAAUUCCAAGACUCAAAAUGAAAUAAACUUCCUUGUAAGCUUCUAGGAUGUUCUACAGAGACUCUAGACGGUUUUUCUAUCACUCAGAAUGAUUUUAGGACGUUUAAACUUGAUAGAACCUUGAUUCUAUUUAAAAAUUAAACUUCAAUCUGGACACUGUACCCUCCGAUUCCAUCCAAAAAAGUCUCCAUACUCACUUUCCAUAUUGCAGGACGAACUGGAGUCGUCAGGGUGUGAGAACGGCGACGACCAGAUGGAGCGACGCGUCGACGACGACGAGGAAGGAGAACUCGAAGACGAGGACGAAGAAGAGUUCGAAGACGAGGAGAUGCAAGAAGGCGUCGAAUACGGCGCCGAAGAGGAGACCGGAGACGAUUCGGACGACGAGGACGAGGAUGAGGAAGAGUACGACUCUGACGAAAGCUUGGAGGAGGUCCUUGUCGGUGAGUUUGACUUGGAAAACUUCUAGUGGUCCCUAUAGUAGUCGAAUUGUGGUCACUUGAGUGGUUAAACUUCAGUGACCUCUUUAGAAGUCUAUGGGGUUUUCCGAAACCACAAAAAUCACUUUAGUGACCACUAAGACUCAAAAUAGUGGCUUCUAUAGAGGUGGUUUUAGUGGCCACUAUAGUAGUCUAAUUAGUGGUCACUUCAGCGGCUUAAAUUAAGCGACCUCUUAAAAAUUCCAAAUGAUACUAAGAUCAUUAAAAAUCACUAGUGGCCACUAACAUUGUGGAUUCUAAAGAGAUGGUUUUAGUGGCCACUUUAGUGUCAUCUCCAAAUGGUCCUUAAGGAACCUCUUGAGUGGCCACUAGAGCUUUUUCCCAGAAUAGUUGGAGGAUUUUGUGCGCUCCAUAGAUAAAAUCGACAAUUUUCACAAAAAAUAGAAUAUUUCAUUCAAAGAGGUGCUUGAAAAAAGGUUGAGAAAAAAUUGCCGCUUCCAUAAGGCGAUUGUGCGCUCUAAGGACAAUUAUCGAGAAAUUUACUAAUUUCACAAAUUUUUGACUCGUUUAGUUAUCCAAAAAGUAUAAAAAGCUUUUUAGACAAAAUGGCCAUGAGAAGGUGGAAAACGGCGCUCUAUGGAUAAUUUUCAAAGUCGCUCCCUUGCAGGCCGACUCACGACAGUCCGAGUUCCUCCAGAAGAGGCAGCCGAAGGCAUCGUGAUCCCGCCGGAGAAGAAGACGAUCAUCCUGAACGGCGGCCCUGUGAUGGAGGGCGACCAGGAGCUCCACUUCAGACCCGUCUCCAGCAGCGAGUUGGAAAAGUACGAGCGGAUCGAGGAGAUCAAGCGCGAGAUUCGCAGUGAAACGGUGAGAAAAUGGCCGCUUUGAUGGGCGGAUUGUGCGCUCUGAGGAUAAUUCUCAAAAAAUGAAUUUUUGAAAAUAUUGUGAAUCUUCAAAGAAAAGUAGAUCUGAGGAGCUAUGACCAGAAAUAAAAAAGAUGAGAAAAAAAACAAAGAAAAAAAACCGCCAAGUUUGGGAGCACAUGUGCGCUCCAUGGAGAAAAAGUCAUUUUUGGGAGGUUUUUUUCGAAAAAAAUGACUUUUGCAGGCUUUCUUUUUGAGUAUAAAAAAUCAAAAAUCAGGUUUUUUAAGUAAUUGUCCAUGGAGCGCAUGAACAAUAACGGGAAACUUUUAAUUUCCUUUCAAUCAAAAAAAAAAUUUUCACAACUCAAUCAAGUUAAUAUUAAUGCUCUAGAUCAUGAUCGCCGUUUGAAAAGCUCAAAAAAAAAGAAAUGAAAAAAGGAGGCCAUUUUGAAGCUGACAAUUGCGCUCCAUGAACAAUUUUCUCAUUCUUAGUUUUUUUUUUCACUCAAAAAAAUAAACAAGUUGGUACUAAUUUUCUAGAGAACAAUUGCCGUUGAAAAAGCUCGAAAAAAAGAAAAUAAAGAAAUAAGAACAAAAAGAGGGCCAUUUUGAAGCUGACAGUUGCGCUCCAUGGACAAUUUUCUGAUUUUCGAUUUUUUUUUUACUCGAAAAAAGGGAAAUUGACAAGAUAUUGAUAAGGAAAAAUGGGAUUUCAGAUCUCCUGGACCCAAGACGAACCUCAGCCCGAAACUCGUCAGUUUCACUAUCACAGCAACCUGAGAGUUCACGACGUGACCUACAAGGGAAAAACUGUCCAAUUUGUCGAAAUUUAA